AUAUAAACCUGAUCAUAAACUGCAUUCUUAUCGUAGAAUCGUAACCCCUUUUCAGUAGGAUUGCUGCGUACGGUUGGCAAACAGGUAAAACAGAAACAAAUCAUGGCGAACUAUCCUCUUGUAGUCCUCUUAAUGACAUUCAUAUCCUCCACACGAGGUCUAGAGGUAAAACGUAUCCACACCAAGCUCGGAGACAUCGUGGGAGUAGUUGAACACGUUCGAAACGAGAAAGUAUACCAGUUCCGGAAUAUUCCGUACGCCGAACCACCCACUGGAGCUCUGAGGUUCACCAAACCGGAAGCAAGGCGAGCCUGGCCUGGUACCCUCGACGCAACGCGAUUUGGACCAUCAUGCAUGCAGAUAUUACUGCCCGCGUAUAAUAAAUUCUUGCCAAAUUUAAACCAAUCAGAGGACUGUUUACUUUUAAAUAUUUACGUGCCACGUGAUAUGUCUCAGAGUUCCAACAGAUCGGUAAUGGUAUGGAUCCAUGGCGGCAGCUACAUCUUCGGCCAAGGAAUGUUGUAUGAUGGGUCUUACCUUGCUCUAACUGGUGACGUUGUCGUGGUUACGAUCAACUACCGGCUCGGUGUGUUCGGAUUCCUCAGCACAUCUUCUACGGGAGGAUUGCGCGGGAACUAUGGACUCUGGGAUCAGCACAUGGCACUACAGUGGGUGAAGGACAAUAUAGCAGCUUUUGGGGGAAAUCCUAAUUCUGUGACAAUAUUUGGGGAGUCUGCUGGAGGUUUCAGCGUUUCACUCCAAGCAAUAAUUCCACAAAAUCAAGGUCUGUUUCAAAGAGUUAUUGCACAGAGCGGAAACGCCGUAUCAAGGUUUGCUUACUCUAGUUUGAGUAAUAUGCAUAGCGUCGCAAAGCUUCUUGGUAUAAAUGUUGGAUGCGCAAACGCUUCUGGUAUCCCUGCAACAUACAAAGGGUGUAUGCGUGGAAAAUCUGCGCAGGAUUUACUUGCGGCACAAAAUACAGAGAGUAUACUCACUCUUCAGCCUCUCAAAUUGGACAUCAUAUUGGGACCGGUCGUCGAUUAUGAUUUGCUUCAGUCAUCGCCAGAUAACUUACUUAAGAACAAGAGAACUGCAAGUUCUCAAUUCUUUCGAAGCCUCGACUUUAUGACUGGAAAUGUAAAUGCAGAAGGUUCGCUUUUCCUGAAUGCAUUGAAAAGCAUAUCCAAUUACAAGAAAUUCAACAUGUCUGACGGAAUACCAACGGAUGUGUUCUGUGGUUACAUCGUUCCGGCUUUUGUAAACGCCUACUUCGGCUCUCAAGUAAACAGCACUUUACCGAGUGACCUGAUAUGCUCCUUGUACGGAACCACGGAGGAAGGCCUAGAAGGGGACAAUGCUAUAGACGUCUACUCAGAUGUGUUUUUCAUCGCGCCGGCAAUACAAUCCCUCAUGACACAUUCCGAAGACAAUGUCCAAACCUCGUCAUAUCAGUACAUAUUUAAACGUCCAGCGCCCGGUCCAAAGUUCCAAGCGUAUCCGCCGUGGUGGCGAAACGACUCAUCAGCUCAUGGCUCCGAAGUUGUGUUCUUGUUCGGUCUCGAAGAUUAUCCAACCAAAUUAAACAUUAGCGUGAGCCCCACUGAUUUGAGCCUGUCAAAAACUAUGCUUAAGUAUUGGACAAACUUCGCAAAAACAGGGAACCCUAACUCUAACGACGUACCAGUGUGGGGUGCCUAUGACGUAGUACAACAGAGUUAUAUAGACCUAAAUACAACGAUCACAUCAGGUCGACAUCUGUACGGAGAAUGGAUCAAUCUAUGGUUAGAACGACUACCAAAACUAUUCGAUACCUCAAACCCCGGCGGUGCCAUUGGGAAAUAGUAUCUUCAUUCAUUGUUACUUACUCUUAAAUAAAACACUGGCAUUAAAGAAUGUACAAAUA